UAGCGUUUUAUUCUUCCAGUUAUCAUUUCUGUGAUGGUUUUUAUUUGUGUUUGAGUGACUUUGUGGUUAUAAUGAUUAAAGACAUUUUAGAUGAAACGAUUUCUUCUGUUGAAGAUAACAUCAUUAAAACGCACGAUAAUGAUGCGAAAUAUCAUCCUGAUGGUUUAGGAGAUUAUUUUUAUAAUUUAAUGUUAAAUAAUUCAUCAAAAAUAGCUCAAAUUGAUGGAUUAACUGAUGAAAUUCAAACAUACGAAGAUCUCCUUUCAAAAUGUAUAAAAACUUCGAAAGCGAUGUUAAAUCUUGGUAUUCUUCCGGGAGAUUUAAUAACUCCAUUAACACACAAUCACCUUGAUUCUUGUAUACCUUUUAUAUCAUCUUUAUUCACGGGAACGCUUAGCGCUCCUUUAGAUCUUCACAUGCCGCAGGAUGAAAUGAAAAGUUUGCUUGAUAAAUUUCAAUCGAAAAUUAUAUUUUGCUCGGAAGAAGCCGAGAUAUUUUUGGAACCAAAAAUUAAAGAAUGGGGGAUUAAAUCUAAAAUAAUUGUUUUUGGAAAAAGUAAAAAUAAUAUGAACUUUGAGGAAUUUUUGGAUUCCGCUAUGGAUGAUAGAAAUUUUGAAGUUUAUAAAGUUGGAAGUCUUUCGGAUUCUGCAUAUAUAACUUUAACGGGGGGAAGUACAGGAAAUCAUAAAGCAGCAUGUAUAAGUCAUUUAAGUUUGUUUAAUUUCAUCUACUCAUUUUCAUACGCAUCUGAAACAAACACAACCAUAAUAUCAUAUUCUCCAUUAUUAUGGUUAGCAGCAUCAAUUAACAUAUGUCGUUCAAUAAAUUUUGGAUACUCCCGAUUAAUUUUGCCAAAAUUCGACCCGAAUAGUUUUUUUAACACUAUUUCAAAGUACAACAUCCGCAAUUUAGUUUUGUCCGUUUCUUGCAUAACCCAAUUAUUAAAAGUGGGUGUCCCCAAAGAAUUAGAUUUAUCAUUUAUUCAAACGCUUCGUUACAUUGGAAGUCCGUUGUCUAAAGGAUUUGUUGAACAAUUAAAAAAAAUGCUGCCAAAUGUAAUCAUAGUUUCGGCUUAUGGUCAAAGCGAGGUUGGUGGAUUUUUAACAAAUUUUGAUUGGGGGAAAUAUCCUGAUUAUUAUAACAAAAAAGGAUUUAGUGUUGGAAGACCUAUGAAAGGGAUAACGUAUAAAAUCGUUGAUAUAAAUACCGGGGAAACACUCGGUCCGAACAAACCAGGCCAUCUUUUAGUCAAAACCAAAUUUGAAAUGAACGGUUAUUUUAAAACCGAUUCUUCACACAUUUACGAUGAAAACGGUUGGUUAAAGACUGGCGAUGUUUUAUAUUACGACGACGAUUAUUUUUUUUAUUUCGUCGAUCGCAUCAAGGAAAUGAUUCGUUAUAAAUCAUGGGCUAUAUCUCCGCAUUAUUUGGAAGGGAUUUUGGGUAGCCAUCCUUCAGUUGAAAACGUUUUUGUUACUGGAGUUCCUCAUGAUGAAGAUGGGGAUCAUCCCGUUGGAGCUGUUGUUUUAAAAGACGGUGAUAAUGUUGAGGGGGGAGAUUUGGAAAAAUUUGUUAAUGAAAGAGUUGAUGAAACAAGAAAGAUUCGUGGUGGUGUUUGGGUUGUUGAUAAAGAUUUUAUACCACAUUCUGCAACGGGAAAAAUACAAAGAUAUGAAUGUAGAAGAAAAUUAUUAGAAGUGAUAAAAUUAAAUCCGAAGAAAAAUUGAGAGAAAAUUAUUUUAUUGCUUUUCUAACGAUAUUUCUUGGAAUUUUUCCUGUGGGGGUCUUCGGGAAUUCUUCAACAAUUCUUAAUCCACCUCUUAAUUUCUCUCUAUCCAAAACCCUUUCAUUUACAAAAUGUAUUAACUCAUCUUCAUCGGUAUUUUCAAAUCCUUUCUUUAAAGUAACAACUGCCAUUGGUAAAUCUCCGUCGAUUGGAUCUGGAAUUCCAACAACCACAGCUUCCUUUACUGCGGGAUGUUGAAGAAUUACGCCUUCAACUGAAGCGGGAACAAUAUGCCAAGAUUUAUAUUUAAACAUAUCUUUAAUCCUAUCACAUAUAUAAAAAUAA